AAUAAUUAUUUUAUUUUAUUAGAAUUUUUCCAUGAACAAAAAUUUUACCAAAUUAACCAAUAAACUUGACAAAUUUAGAGACAAUCGUAUCCUCCUACAUCAUAUUAUUCACAUUAAUGAAGUUAUUUUUUUAACCUUCUACCAAACGUUCACUAAUAAUAAGUCCAUCUUUACUUUACUACUCUUUAUAUUCACUCUUGUUUCUCUCUCUCUUCUAGUGAGCGUGGAUUGGUCACUCUCUGCACGUUCCUCUGCCCCUUCUUCCCCGCAAAUCAAUUAUAACAUUAUAGCCUCAUCUCCUUCUUCAUUCCUCCAUUCUCUCUCUCUCUUUUUCUUUCCCUCUUCUCCUCUCUCUGUAAACUAAAACCAGAGAUAGGUGAGAGGUCGUUACACUGAUAAAAGAGAAGCACGAUCGCCUCGGCUAGCUAGCUACUGUCCCUUUACUCCUGCCACUGCAAAUGGAUCAUGAACUACCAACCCACCACCAGCAAGAUUGUUUCGGCAUUGACGACCUUCUCGACUUUUCAAACAACGACGACGAACAGUUCUUCUCUUCCUCCUCCAACUUCGACGUUCCUCAACACCACCAUUGUCUUCCACCCCUCCUUCCUCAGACAUCUGCGUCAGCUCAUUUCUUUAACCCACCUGAUUUCACCAGCGACCUCUGCGUCCCUAGUGAUGACGUAGCCGAACUGGAAUGGUUAUCGAGAUUUGCGGACGAUUCGUUUAACGAUUUACCCACUGGAGAGAUCCCCGGAGCCCUAACGUACCCAAACGACGCGUCAUUUGCCGGCAGAGCUAGAAGCAAGCGAUCGAGAGUUCCGAUCACCGGCGCCAACACUAGCUGGGGAUCUAUAUCGAAUCAACCAACACCGCAGGAGCUUGAAUCAUCCUCAUCGAUCUCUGCUAAAACAAAAUCGAAAAGAGAAGAAGCGUCGGGGUCGAACGUUAACCCUUCUUCCACGGUAUCGGGAGGGGCGCGUAGGUGCACGCACUGUGCAUCGGAGAAGACACCACAGUGGAGGACCGGUCCAAUGGGACCCAAAACGCUUUGCAACGCUUGCGGGGUCAGGUACAAGUCGGGCCGCCUCGUACCCGAAUACAGACCCGCAGCGAGCCCGACAUUUGUCCUGACACAGCACUCAAACUCCCACCGGAAAGUAAUGGAGCUCCGUCGCCAGAAAGAGAUGACACAUCAACCACCGCUCCCGCAACAACAGGCCGAGCAGGAUCAGCACUACCAGCAACAGCGAGGCCAAUUUUACUCUCAUCACCACGGGUUUCAAGUAUGCUAAGUCAUGGGACACGUGUCGACCAGUGUAUUACGACUACUGCUACUGCUUCUUCUACUAGGACUACUGUUACUACUUUUCUUUUUCAUCCAAGGUCUCAGUGAGACGGAUUUUUCUAUAUGUUAAAUUAAAUAUUCCCGAGUAAAGAGAAAGAAACUUUGAUUGAA